CCGAGAGCGGGAUGGGUCCGGCCGGGCUGCGCCGCGCCCGCGAACUUACAGCAGGAGUCCCUGUUGCUUUGAGAAGCACAAUGACCAUCUCACAGCUCUGUUUGGAGGAGAGGGCAUAGAAAGUCUGCUGCCACUGCACUCUCCCAAGAUUUGUGGUAAAAAUGGUGCAGAAAUACCAGUCCCCAGUUCGAGUCUACAAAUACCCUUUUGAGCUCGUCAUGGCAGCCUACGAGAAACGCUUUCCUACGUGCCCAGAGAUCCCAGUCUUCCUGGGGAGUGAAAUCCUGCACGAAUCCAGGAGUGAGGACGGAGCCAUCCACGUCAUUGAGCGGAGCUGCAAGCUGAACGUGGACGCUCCCAGGCUGCUGAAGAAGAUUGCAGGGGUGGAGCAUGUGUUCUUCAUCCAGAAGAACACGGUGAACUGGAGAGAGCGAACGCUGCGCAUCGAGGCCCACAACGAGACCUUUGCCAACCGGGUGGUGGUCAGGGAGACCUGCAGCUACUCAGUUCACCCUGAGAAUGAAGAGUGGACCUGCUUUGAGCAGUCAGCCUCUCUCGACAUCAAAUCCUUUUUUGGCUUUGAAAGCACUGUGGAAAAAAUUGCCAUGAAGCAGUACACCUCCAACAUCAAACGGGGCAAGGAGGUGAUUGAGCACUACCUGAAGGAGCUGAUCUCCCAGGGGAUCACGUUCAUCCCUCGCUGGAGCCCUCCCGCGGUGGAGGAGGAGGAGCGAGCCCCGGCGCUGGGACGCGCCCCCGGUGCCAUCCUGCAGGAAUCCGGGGCUGCUGGCACCAGCCGGGAGCCGCCUGCCAGCCCCUGCCCGCCCCCGGAGGCUGCCAGCCCCGACGGUGACAAGCUGGACGCUGAUUACAUCGAGCGCUACCUGGGCCAGCUGACCCCGCUGCAGGAGAGCUGCCUGAUCCGCCUGCGCCAGUGGCUCCAGGAGACCCACAAGGGCAAGAUCCCCAAGGACGAGCACAUCCUGCGCUUCCUGCGCGCCCGCGACUUCAACAUUGACAAAGCGCGGGAGAUGCUGUGCCAGUCGCUGGCCUGGCGCAAGCAGUACCAGGUGGAUCUCAUCCUGCAGUCCUGGAGACCCCCAGCCCUGCUGCAGGAGUACUACACUGGGGGGUGGCACUACCAGGACAAAGAUGGGCGGCCGCUCUACAUCCUCCGCCUCGGCCAGAUGGACACCAAGGGUUUGGUGAAGGCCCUGGGAGAGGAGUCCCUGCUGCGACAUGUUCUGUCCAUUAAUGAGGAAGGCCAGAAGAGAUGUGAGGAAAACACCAACAUCUUUGGCCGCCCCAUCACAUCCUGGACAUGCCUGGUGGACUUGGAAGGGCUCAAUAUGAGGCACCUCUGGCGGCCUGGGGUGAAGGCCCUGCUCAGGAUCAUUGAGGUGGUGGAGGACAACUACCCUGAGACCCUGGGGAGGCUCCUGAUUGUGAGAGCACCACGGGUCUUCCCUGUGCUCUGGACCCUGGUCAGUCCCUUUAUCAAUGAGAACACACGGCAGAAGUUCCUCAUCUACAGUGGCAAUAACUACCAGGGCUCAGGAGGGCUGGUGGACUAUGUGGACAAGGAUGUGAUCCCAGACUUCCUGGGAGGAGACUGCAUGUGCACUGUCUCAGAGGGGGGGCUCGUCCCCAAGUCCCUGUACCAGAGCGAGGACGAGCCGGAGAACUCGGAUCACAUCCGGCUGUGGACAGAAACCAUCUACCACUCUGCCAGUGUCCUCAAAGGAGCCCCACACGAGAUACUCGUGGAGAUCCUGGAAGGGGAAUCUGUCAUCACCUGGGACUUUGACAUCCUGAAGGGAGAUGUGGUGUUCAGCCUCUUCCACUCCAAACGAGCUCCUGAGCCAAGUCACAAAGAAGCCACCUCACCAAGUCCCUCUGGUGCAGGGGACAAUGUGCAGCUCAUUGACAAGAGCUGGGUGCUGGGGGUGGAUUACAGCCGGGUGGAAUCUCCCCUGGUCUGCAGGGAAGGAGAGAGCAUCCAGGGCUCCCAUGUCACUCGCUGGCCUGGCUUCUACAUCCUGCAGUGGAGGAUGCACGGGCCCCUGCCCUGCUCCAGCUCCAGCCUGCCCCGUGUGGACGAUGUCCUGGCCUCCCUGCAGGGCUCCAGCCACAAGUGCAAGCUCAUCUACUACUACGAGGUGCUGGCCUCCAAGGACUUCAGGGGAUCCAUGUCCAGCCUGGAAUCUUGCACCAGUGGUUUUUCCCAGCUGAGUGGAGUCACCACAUCCUCCAGCCAGUCCCAGAGCAGCUCCCACCUCUCCAGAUAGCAGAGCCAGGGCUGCAGCACCAGGGGCACCCGGGGCUGCUCCAGCCCCAAACCAAAGAGCUCCAGGGCUGAGCCGUGGGGCAGCCGCAGCCAUUUGGACACAGAGAGGCCUCUGGGGGCUGCUUCAACCACAAAAAACUGAAAUUCCAAGGGCAGGUUUAGGGGUUUUGGGUCUGCUGCCUGCUCCUCAGUAGCCUCCUUCACCACCUGUGGGUUUUGGUGCCUGUGAGUUUGCAGGAACCCACUCCAAAGGGCUUUUCCAUUGGUUCUUUCCCCCAGAAGAGGCUGAUGUUGCCUUAGCUCCUGGACCUUGAGAGAAUUCCUGGGUGGCAAAACAAGGGAAUGUCCUGGCUGCCCACAGGGUUCUGCUUCCACACUGGGCAGUCAGGGGGGCAUUCCAGGGGCAGGGCCUUGGCAGGAACUGCCAACACCUGGGUACAGGCAGGAUGGUUCAGAAAUCAAUUCCAGGCCACACCAAAAACCUCUCCUGGUCUGGCAGGAUGCUCUGGGAAAUGUGUUGAAUUUUUUUUAACCCUGCUGAGAAACAAAGUCAAAAGGUUUUGGUUUUUUUUUUUAGAAAUUCCAGGCAUUGAAUCUGCCUGCAGUGAGUGGCAUCUUCCAAACUAUUGUUUCUUUUUACUCAGGUUCACAGCAAUAAUGAGUAGGUCUGUCCCAUUCCCGAGUGGAUGGGAACUGAAUCCAGUCCUAAAGGGCUAAGAAAAGCAAUAUUUGAUUUCCUGAAGGCACAAGAUUUUCUGGCAGUAUUACAGAACUUGCUUCUUCUAAACAUGAGCUCACUUGAACCAUUCAGAGAGGCAUGUAUGUAUGUAAGCACUUACUGAAGCCUAUUUAUUCUAUACUAGCUUAUUUUAAAUUAAUUUUUAACUUAUUAUGUCAGAAAUGGCUAUUUAUUAAAUACAGUCACCUUUUUUAAUGGGAUAAACUUUGUUUUAGAAAGGAAUAACUGAUUGUCUUCAAUCCCAAGCAAUCUUUCUGCUUGGGUCCUGAUCUUUGUGAUCAAUGGAUGUUCUUGCAAAAGGGCUGCAUUGGGUUAAGGGCUUGUGUCACCUUCCUUGUGAGGAAAGGUGAGAGUCCCGUGCUUUUUUAGACUGUUUUUUAGGGUUAAGAAACAAGGAUUGAGUUCAGGAGUUGUCAUGAAGAUGCACUGUCUUCCUACACACCAAAAAUGCCACGUUUGUCCCUAAUCUCUGAUUGUUCCUGUAGUCAGGUUGGGGAGCAAAGUUAUCCAUGUUCUUGUCCAGGUGAAAAAAUAAUGAGAGCAGGUGUCAAAUAUUCACCAAGUUUUUAUUCAGGAAUCUGUGAAAUUGUUCCUUCCCACCCUGUUUUUUUUUUAAUCACUGGUUUUGAAGCACCAGGCUCUGCCAAAUGAGAAAAGAGCCAAAAUAUCUGGGACAAUGGGAGACAAAGAACUUGGCAUGGUUUUGAGUUGUUUGGUGGGGUAUUUUAAGGAUUGGAGCCAAGGGAAUCACUCUGCACCUUGCAUCUCUCCCUGUGAACAGGUAACUUUGUUAUGUAGAGCUCAGGGAUGUUCUGAUUUCCAAUUCUCAGUUGUUCCAUAGACUUUCAUGUUUCUCCCAGACAAAUGAAACUUCUGUCUCUGGCAUUUCAGCAUAACUGGAAUAUGAUAAAGAGGGACAAAUGUAAAUGUAAUUCCCACCUUUCCUCUGGGAAGACAGGAAUUUUGGAAGCAAAAGUGCAUGUGUGUAUCCCUCGUGGAAAAUCCUUGACCCAGAAUAAAAUCUAAUUUUAAAAACA